CCUGAGAAAAAGAAAAGCUUUGUGGGAUUUUUAAUUCGGUCCAUUUUUGUGCCUUCACAUGCAGUCUCAAAGAGAGAGAGAAAAGGACAAAGGCAGUUGCUUUUUGGGGUUUUGUUGUAUUUUCCGUUAAAGAAAGUUAGGGUUUUAGAUCGUAGAAAGGACUGUUGAAGCACUAGUGUACUGUUAUUACCUUACUGGAGCUGCCGGGCACAGAAUAUUUUCUGGGUCCGCUUGUAUUUAUUGCCAGUGGUUGUUGAUUUAUCGACCCAUUACUUGUUUCUUUAUGGCUUUGUUGUGGCGAUUAUACACGGUGCUUGGACUUGGUAAUGUAUGUGUAGUAAUCCAUGUUUAGCCUGCCGUAAAGCUCUUGUUUGUAUGAAAAGAAGUGGUUUUGAUACCAUAAAGUUCAAGGUUUUUUUAGCAGCACUCGUUACUGGCGUGCCUUACAUUGUGCUUGAAAGUUGAGAUGUACAAGAAAAUGCUGCAUUAUGUGUGGCUAGAUCUCUGAUUGGACCACGGUUCUGCGGUUCGUCUAGUUUGGUUAUUUGAAAGUGGAUGUUUUCUCUGUUGAAGCAGUGUCCUUUUUGGGUUGCUGAUGCUCACUGAAAUCCCAGUCAGUCGAUUCAAGUACUGGGUUUUGGCCUAAGGUUUUCCAUUGCCUGGUAAGGAGCACCGCAUUGAGAGGUUUUUGGUUCUAAGUUUUUGUUUUGCUUUGUGAAGGAGAUUAUUGCUAAUUGUUUAAAAGAAAGGCUUGUUGGGUUAUCUUGUUUUGCUUUAACUGGAUUGCAGCUUAGCUGACAUUAUUUAGUAUCAAAAUUGAUAUUUUCAGGACCCUUGGUUGUUAUUUCUAUUCUGUAUUGAUGUCGUAAACAGCCAGUGUUUCUUGUCUGAGUUGUGCGAUAUGAGUUCAAAAUUCCCCUUUUGUUGUUGACAUUUUUCCUAUAGCUUAGUUGGGGGGAGCCAUAUUUAGUUUCACUAUGAAGCUCGUUAGGCUUUUGGUAUUAUCUCUACUUUGCCUUUUGGCUUUGGGGCAGCUUCCUUCACAGGACAUUUUGGUUUUGCUUGAAUUUAAGAAGGGUAUCAAGCAUGAUCCGACAGGUUUUGUCCUCGAAUCAUGGAAUGAGGAGUCCAUUGACUUUGAUGGGUGCCCUUCUUCAUGGAAUGGGAUUGUUUGUAAUGGUGGAAAUGUUGCCGGUGUUGUGCUUGAUAACCAUGGCCUAUCAGCUGAUGUGGAUUUGAGUGUCUUUUCAAACCUCACAAUGCUUGUAAAGCUUUCUAUGGCAAACAACUCUAUCAUGGGCAAGAUUCCCGAUAAUAUAGGUGAUUUCAAAAGCCUUCAGUUUCUGGAUCUCUCCAAUAAUCUGUUCUCCGCUUCGUUACCGCUGGGUAUUGGUAAAUUAGAGAGACUACAGAACCUGUCAUUAGCGGGGAACAACUUCUCAGGCUCAGUUCCAGAUUCAAUUUCAGGGCUUCUAUCAGUUCAGUCUUUGGACUUGAGCCGAAACUCCUUGUCAGGAUCACUUCCAGCAUCAUUGACAAAGCUCAACAACCUUGUCUAUCUAAAUUUAUCGUCUAAUGGGUUUACCAAGAGAAUUCCAAAGGGUUUCGAGCUAAUUUCCAGUCUUCAGGUGUUCGACUUGCAUGCCAACAUGCUUGAUUUUCAUCUAGAUGGAGAGUUUUUCCUCCUAUCAAAUGCUAGUCAUGUUGAUCUUAGCGGAAAUAUGCUAGGAAGCUCUACCUCUCAAAAACUGUUACCAGGAAUUUCUGAGAGUAUCAAACAUUUGAAUCUUAGUCACAAUCAGCUUACCGGUUCACUGAUAAGUGCGGGGGAGCUGCCGUUGUUUGAAAAUUUGAAGGUCCUGGAUCUGAGCUACAAUCUGCUUUCGGGAGAACUGCCUGGAUUCAAUUUUGUUUAUGAGCUUCAGGUCCUUAAACUCAGCAACAACAAAUUUUCAGGGUUUAUUCCUAACGACCUACUUAAGGGGGAUUCUCUGCUUUUGACAGAGCUGGAUUUGAGUGCCAAUAACCUCUCAGGGGCGAUAAGUAUGAUAAUGUCAACAACACUGCACAUGCUUAAUCUCUCCUCAAAUGCACUUACUGGUGAACUUCCUUUACUGACUGGAAGCUGUGCUAUACUCGAUUUAUCGGAUAACCAAUUCACAGGAAAUCUAAGCAGAACUAUAAAGUGGGAGAAUAUAGUGCAUCUUGAUAUCAGCAAAAAUCAACUGACUGGAUCUAUUCCUGAGGUUUCUGCACAAUUUCUGCGUUUAGAUUACCUCAACCUCUCUCAUAAUUCUGUUAGUGGUUCUAUCCCUGAAGUUGUCGGUCGGUAUCCAAAGCUUAGAGUCCUUGACUUAAGUUCCAAUAAGUUGGAUGGAUCCAUUUUAACUGGUUUGCCAGCAUCACCUACUUUGCAAGAACUUCAUCUUCAAAACAAUUUACUCUCUGGUGCCGUGGAUUUUUCUUCUCCAAUCAAGACCAGUCUUCUGGUUCUUGAUCUUUCUCACAACCGGCUUAACGGAUAUUUUCCUGAUCAGUUUGGGUCAUUGACUGGCCUUCAAGUGCUCAAUCUUUCUGGAAACAAUUUUUCUGGUUCUAUUCCAACUUCCAUGUCUGACAUGAACUUGCUAAGCUCAUUAGAUUUGUCACAAAAUCACUUCACAGGUCCUUUGCCAAAUAACUUUCCUAGUAGUCUUAAUAGCUUUAACAUUUCAUACAAUGAUCUCUCUGGAGUUGUUCCUGAAAACUUGAGGAAGUUCCCUAGUUCUUCUUUCCAUCCUGGAAAUACUGGGCUACGUCUUCCUAAUGGUCCUCCUGGGUCAAGCAAUUCACCUGCUGGAUAUUCGAAGAGGAAACCAUUUAACACUUUGGUCAAAGUGAUAGUGAUAGUUUCCUGUGUGGUUGCUCUGAUUAUUCUUAUUUUACUUGCUAUUUUCAUACAUUAUAUUCGUUUAUCAAGGAGAUCUCCACCAGAGCAUGUCACCAGUAAAGGCAUUGACGGGCGCUCUGCAGAACGUUCCUCUGGUAUGGGUGGAACACAGAGUGGUGCUGCUUUGGUUGUUUCAGCUGAGGAUCUCGUCACUUCUCGGAAAGGAUCAUCAUCUGAGAUCAUUAGUCCUGAUAAAAAACUGGCAGCUGCAACUGGCUUCUCCCCAUCAAAAAACAGCAAUUUGUCUUGGUCACCAGGGUCUGGGGAUUCAGUCACAGCUGAAACCCUUGCAAGACUGGAUGUGAGGUCACCAGACCGAUUGGUUGGAGAGCUGCAUUUGCUUGAUGAUACAAUUUCAUUGACACCAGAGGAGCUUUCGAGGGCCCCAGCUGAAGUGUUGGGCAGAAGCAGUCACGGAACUUCAUAUAAGGCUACACUGGAUAAUGGGCUAUUUUUGACUGUAAAAUGGCUGAGAGAAGGAGUGGCGAGGCAGAGAAAGGAGUUUGCUAAGGAGGCUAAAAAAUUUGCAAACAUUAGGCAUCCUAAUGUGGUUGGUUUGAGAGGGUACUACUGGGGCCCUUCACAACAUGAAAAGCUUAUCCUUUCAGAUUAUAUCUCACCAGGAAGUCUUGCAAGCUUUCUUUAUGAUCGACCGGGAAGAAAAGGUCCUCCAUUAACCUGGGUCCAGAGGCUCAAGAUAGCAGUUGAUAUUGCACGCGGACUUAACUAUCUCCAUUUUGACCGUGCUGUUCCACAUGGUAACCUUAAGGCGACGAACAUUCUACUGGAAGGACCUGACCUGAAUGCACGUAUUGCUGAUUACUGCCUCCACCGCUUAAUGACCCAGGCUGGCACCAUUGAACAGAUUCUUGAUGCUGGGGUUUUGGGUUAUCGCGCACCAGAGUUGGCUGCAUCGAAGAAACCAUUGCCAUCUUUCAAGUCAGAUGUCUACGCCUUUGGAGUAAUAUUGUUGGAACUUCUAACUGGUAAGUGUGCUGGUGAUGUCAUUUCUGGUGAAGAGGGAAGGGUUGAUCUGACAGAUUGGGUGCGAUUGAGAGUGGCGGAAGGUCGUGGUUCAGAAUGUUGUGAUGCCACAUUGAUGCCAGACACGCAGAAUCCAGCGGUUGAGAAGGGAAUGAAGGAGGUCCUUGGAAUAGCAUUACGAUGCAUUAGAUCGGUCUCUGAGAGGCCAGGUAUCAAGACUACCUAUGAAGAUCUUUCAUCUAUAUAGCUUGCUCAUCUCAUUUCUUUCUGCUUAGUUUUCAGGGUAUUCGAUAUCUCAUCGGCCUCCUCUUUUGAGUGAUGAUGUUAGCCUUUUGUCGUGUGAUCAGCUGACUACGUUAACCAUUGUCGUAAAAAUGGGGCUUAUUUCCUUAUGGACACAAAAAUUUCCAAAUCAAUGGCUAUAUGAUCAUUUUUGUACCAGAUGAACAAGGAUGUGAAAACAGGUUUCUGCCAUUGGUAUUGUGUCAAUAUCAUUACAGAAGUUAACAACAUUGUGAAUCACCACCAGCUGCUAAGAUUGUACAUUGGUGUCAUUUAAAUUAAAUGUCAAGAUACCGCAAAACACAACCAUAUCUCAGGGAUGAAAGUCAGCACGGAAGCUGUCUAAUGGACAUCAUCUUGUACUGGGAAUCUGCCUGGAUUCAAUAUCCUGGAGGCGAAGAGUUACAGCUCGCUUAUGGGCUUCCAGCCCCUCAACUUCA